UCAUUACAUACAUACAAACAUACAAGAAUACAAUAAGUUAAUAAAUAAAACUAUGAUAAAUGUGGGUAAGCACAUAGUGAUUCAAAUUGUUUGUUUAAUCAAAAUCAGCCAUCCUGUAAUAAUGUGAACACGAUUCUCCGUGGACACAAAACUUCAAGUUUCAAUAAAAAUCAGGAGUAUCGACUGUUCAUUACGUUACUACGAAGAAGCGACACCAUGCGGCUGAUCUUGGUUCUCUUUUGUCUUGUGCUGGCGAUUGGGCUCGAAGCUGCUGGGGAUUGCCACAAAGGAUCGAAAUACGAUGCUAAAGCUAAAAAGUGUAUCUGCCAGUCCGGGUAUUUUGGUAGAACUUGUAGCAAUAGAUGCAAAGACUAUUUGCACAGUGAAGGAACAUUCGUAUGGGACCAGUUUUGUCUUCAUAAGCACUUAGUGUGGAGGGACUGCGUGAAGUCAUGUUCAGCAUGCAGUGCAGCCGAGUGUAAGGACAACAAACCGAACUGGUGUCAACGCGUGAGGUUUCAAGUUAUGGUCCUAACAAAAAGGAGACUAUGUUACCGUGCGAAAGAAAACUGCCCGACGCAUUGCCACAAGAACGGCAAAAGAAAUGAAAAUGUGUUUCAAGAUGGAUGAAGAUCCAACCACUGGAACUCGUCGACUUCAACUAAAAGUUGCAAUUAUUGUAAUGCCGAUCAUAUUGACACGUUAAAAUAAAACAAUAGUUUCCA